AUGUCGUCCGAGUCGAUUACGAUCCCUUCGGGUCUCUCCAACCCGAGUACCCCGUACAGCUCCAACGAGAAGUCCCCCUCCGGGAGCUCCUCUUCGUCGCCCUACUAUCGAUCUCCCCAGACUCCUUCGCCGGCGUCCAAGUCCCAGGGACGGAAGGCCACUCAUAACCGCCGACCGAGCCUCCUGAGUCCUGCGAUCUCCAAGCAAGAGUGCACCGUAAUCAACAUUGGCGAUCCAGAGGGUCCUCCCCGUUUGAUCUCCUACCUCUCGUCCGGCCAAGGCUUCGCUUGGAACCCAGAAAUCUUCCUUCCGUCCUACAUCGACUACGACUACGUCCCGCUCGAGAACCGACGAGACCCCAUCCACGAAAUUUACCUCACCGACGAGGAGGCCCAGAUGAUGCUUCCGCAAUAA